AAAACCUUAGAGACAAUAAAAAUAUAAUCCCUAACACAUCAGUAGAGAAACCGAACAAAUUAAACACGAAGCCCGAAAAGACAAGGAUAAGAGAGACUGUUACUUUGCUCUCUCUCUCUCUGUCUCUGUCUAGAGUCGAUCUACAUUCUCUGAAGCAAAGCAAUGAUGACGGAGGAGAGAGAGGCUAUGUUGUCGUGGCCUCUGAUCGGAGAGAAAAAGGAGAGAAGUAGAUUAGUAAAGGAGGAAGUGAAGAAGCAGCUACUGUUGUCUGGGCCACUAAUCGCAGUGAGUCUUCUUCAGUUUUGUCUGCAAAUAAUCUCAGUCAUGUUCGUCGGACAUCUUGGCUCUCUUCCUCUUUCUGCCGCCUCCAUUGCCACCUCCUUCGCCUCCGUCACCGGCUUCACCUUCCUUAUGGGAACAGCAAGUGCGUUGGACACAGUUUGUGGUCAAUCGUACGGAGCAAAAAUGUACGGAAUGUUAGGCAUACAGAUGCAAAGAGCAAUGCUUGUUCUUACUCUUUUCUCUAUUCCUCUCUCCAUCGUUUGGGCCAACACAGAGCACUUCCUUGUCUUCUUCGGCCAAGACAAGUCCAUUGCACACCUCUCUGGAUCCUACGCCAGAUUCAUGAUCCCUAGCAUCUUCGCCUACGGUCUUCUUCAAUGUCUCAACAGGUUUUUGCAGGCGCAGAACAAUGUGUUUCCUGUGGUGGUUUGUUCUGGAGUCACCACUUCUCUUCACGUGAUCAUCUGUUGGGCCUUGGUGUUGAAAUCUGGUUUAGGGUUUAGAGGAGCUGCUGUGGCGAAUGCGGUAUCGUACUGGCUUAAUGUCAUUCUCUUGUCGUGUUACGUCAAGUUUUCGUCUUCUUGCUCAUUGACCUGGACUGGUUUCUCUAAGGAGGCUCAGCACGAUAUCAUCCCUUUUAUGAAGCUAGCUAUUCCUUCUGCAAUUAUGGUUUGCUUAGAGAUGUGGUCCUUUGAGCUUUUGGUUCUCUCGUCAGGACUUCUUCCGAACCCGGUUCUAGAAACUUCUGUCCUUGCAAUCUGCCUUAAUACAUCAGGAACAGUCUGGAUGAUCCCGUUUGGCCUCAGUGGCGCCGCAAGCACAAGGGUGUCAAAUGAGUUAGGAGCAAGAAAUCCGAAAGGGGCUAAGCUUGCGGUUCGCGUGGUCCUGAGCUUUUCCAUCAUAGAGAGUAUACUAGUUGGAUCGGUUUUGAUACUGAUAAGGAAGAUCUGGGGAUUCGCUUACAGUAGUGACCCCGAAGUAGCCAGAUAUGUAGCCUCGAUGUUGCCGAUUCUUGCCUUAGGUCACUGCCUAGACAGCUUCCAAAGCGUUCUUUCAGGGGUUGCUAGAGGAUGUGGAUGGCAGAAGCUAGGCGCUUUUGUGAAUCUUGGAGCAUACUAUCUUGUCGGAGUUCCGUUCGGUUUGUUACUUGGUUUUCACUUUCACGUCGGUGGUCGGGGGCUUUGGCUGGGAAUUAUAUGUGCACUAGUCGUUCAAGGUCUAUGUCUUUCCCUCAUCACCUUUUUUACAAAUUGGGAUGAAGAGGUCAAGAAAGCUACAAGCCGAGUUGAGUCUUCUUCAGAUGUGAAUGAAAUUGCAGCGGACAACGGGUCAAUUCUAAUUGUAUUCUGAGAGGCGGAAUCCAAAGCUAAAAAAAUAGAUCAUACCUUAUUUAUCUUCUUCGUUUUAUGUUUUUGUAUGUGAGUGUUAGUGUAAGUGUGGGUAAUUAUAGUAAAUAAAAGAGAUUAUUUAAUCAUAAUAUCAUUGUUACUAAUAAUAAUCAUCAACAUUC